GCUGGGAGGGAUGACCAAACAUGACACAAGCCGUCCUCACUGAGCCUCACACAGCCUCAGAGUUCGGAUGCAGGGACCACAUUCACGAUCCUGCCUGGAUUUAGCGGACAACAUGCGGAGUCCAGAGCAGACGGUGUGGCUGAGUUGAGUCGUGGUUGUGCAGCAAUGAGCGGGUUGCGGAUCGACGCAGACAAAAAUGCCCGGAGUUACCGAGUCCGUGCGCAGAUCUUCUGACUGGGAAACUUGUUUGUCGGUUGUUUUGAUCUGAGGCAAGAUGCAUCUUUUUCGGAGUCACAAUUACCAAGUGUUCCCGGACCGCUACUCAUGGGAGACGCCGACCAUACGGGGCAUCAGCUGGACUCCGCUGCCAGAGGCCCUGAAUUCAAAGGACACUAUGAAACAGUUUCUUUCAGAUCGUGUUGUGAAGGCAGCAAGAUCAGUAUACAGUGUCAUGAUCGAGAGGAACCCUGGUCUGAUCCGAGACAGAAAGUAUCAUCUCAAAACAUACAGAAAGUGUUGCUCUGGUAAGGAACUCGUUGACUGGUUGAUGAAGCAAAACGAAUGUCUCCAAUCCAGAAGUCAGGCAGUUGGAAUGUGGCAGGUCUUGGUGGAUGAAGGAAUCCUUGUUCAUGUGAAACAUGAGUUGAACUUCCAUGACAAGGACACCCAGUUCUACCGCUUCCAGGACUCAGAGUUUGGCCUGAACCACAUAACGAAUGAGAGGGAGUCAGAGGACGAGCUCCAGGAGGGUUUAUCACUACUGUCUCAGCUGGGUCCUGAUGCUCUGCUCACUAUGAUUCUGCGCAAAUGCCCCAGUCAGAGGAGUGCUGAGGACCUGGAGGUCAUCUAUGAGGAGCUUCUCCAUGUCAAAGCUGCUGCUCACCUCUCCACCUCUGUGCGUAAGGAGCUGGCAGCAGUGCUGGUCUUUGAAUCACAUGCCAAGGCCGGAACAGUCUUGUUCAGUCAGGGGGAUAAAGGCACCUCCUGGUACAUCAUCUGGAAAGGCUCUGUAAAUGUGAUCACACAUGGAAAGGGUCUGGUGACAACACUGCAUGAAGGUGAGGACUUUGGGCAGCUAGCUUUGCUGAAUGACGCACCUCGUGCGGCCACCAUCAUCUUGAGGGAAGACAAUUGCCAUUUCCUCCGUGUUGAUAAACAGGACUUCAUACGGAUCCUCAAGGAUGUGGAGGCUAACACAGUGCGACUGGAGGAGCAUGGGAAGACUGUGCUGGUGCUGGAGACGAGCGCAGACUCGGCCGGGCAAGGAGGAGCAGGAAACAACAGCAAGUACACAGUUAUGUCUGGAACACCUGAGAAAAUCCUGGAACACCUACUGGAAACAAUAAAGCUGGACUCUAAUGGAAAUGAUGCCAUAGACCCCUGUGUGAGUGACUUUCUGCUCACCCACAAAGUCUCCAUGCCCUCCAGCCAGCUGUGUCCUGCACUACAGCACCAUUAUCAGGCAGAGCUCUCUGAAGGCUCAGACCAAGAGAAGGCUGCCUAUAUCCUGAAUAUCAAGCAGAAGGUAGUGAAGCUGAUUGGCCAGUGGGUGGCACUGUUUGGCCUUCUGCUAAAAGAAGACCCUAUUGCUUUAGACUUUUUGGAGAGACUAAAAAAGGAGGUGGCAGCUGAUUACCGUCUGUCCAGCAUGUUGAAGGAACAAUUCAGGGAAAGGAGGAGAACAAAAGUGUUGGAGAAUGGAUAUCAGUCAAUGACCAGGAACCAGCCAUUUGAUUGGUUCGCAAACUGUGAGGAGCCAGUGGGGAGGUUACAGCCAAUCAGAGCUCAGGAUAAAGUAUUGUAUGAGAUCUUCAGACCAGACAACAAACCUCUCACUCUGAUGCUCCCGGUGAACACAUCUGUGCAGGAUGUAAUGGCAGCAAUCGUCAAACCUGGUGGUGAUCACGUCCUGGUCAAAAUGAACUCCACAGGAGAAAGAGCUCAGUUAAAGCUGGAUGCUGCUGCCGUCUACACCGCUCUGGGACUCAACGAGAGACUGUUCAUCUGCACAAGCAGCCAAGUGGAACAACUGGUGCCGCUGAAGGAGCAGCAGGGCCCAGAGCAAGGAACAACUGACAUCCUCGAGCAGAUGAGCUCUAAAGACAUUGCCAAUGAACUCACUAAUUAUGACUGGGAACUGUUCACUGCCAUGCAUGAGGUGGAGCUGGUCUACUACAUAUUUGGGCGUCAUAAAUUCCCAGGUGCCAUCACAGCUAACCUGGAGCGGUUUGUGCGUCGCUUCAAUGAGGUGCAGUACUGGGUUGUGACUGAGCUGUGCCUCUGUGAAGACCUUGUGAAAAGGGCCAUUCUGCUCAAGAAGUUUAUCAAGAUUGCUUCAGUAUUAAAGGAGCAGAAGAAUCUCAAUUCAUUUUUCGCUGUGAUGUUUGGGUUAAGCAACAGUGCAGUGCAGAGGCUUUACAAGACCUGGGAGAGAAUACCCAGCAAGACAAAAAGAAUUUACUGUGCUUAUGAGAGAUUGAUGGAUCCCUCGCGCAACCACAGGGCCUACAGACUGGCUGUGGCUAAACUCGGUCCUCCUUACAUCCCCUUCAUGCCUCUCUUGCUUAAAGACAUGACGUUCAUCCAUGAGGGAAACCCAAACUAUGUAGACAAACUGGUCAACUUUGAGAAAAUGCGAAUGCUUGCAAAGACAGUGAAAAUUGUACGAGGAUGCAGAAGCCAACCUUAUGUACCUUCAUCUCCACAGAGGGGUCUGGCUGAUCGGAUGUUUCUGGAAGGGCCUUCUACUCGCAUAUCUACGUACUCCGACCACGCUCUCCCUCUGCGGAGUCCCAGCAACAUCCGUCACUACAUUCAAAACCUGAAGGUGAUGGACAACCAGCGCAAGCUAACGCAGCUAUCGAGAACAAUCGAAUGCUAGGACGUCGACCUGCAACUGUACAAAGACUGCAAAACUGUAGCAAAAUUGGAACCAGAGAAGAGACUGUAGCUGGAUGAACAAAAUUUCCACACUCGCCUGAAUAAGAUGAGCUUCUGCAGGAGUUGAAUGUUGUGGAAAUUUACUGUUAUUGAAGGAACUCAGACAUUCACAGAGAUGAUUUCUGUACAGCACAGCGCUGUGAGUGAAGAUGUGCAGUGUGCACGGUAAUGAUCUCCAGCGCUGAUCCAGAGAAUUUGACUCAUUGUCCACAAGACUCAUUGGACAAUUUUUAUACAACAAGCCUUACGUCGCACUGGUGUGGAUAUAUUUGUAGGAAUCCCUUCAGAAAGGCAAUGUUACAUGUACAGUAUUGUUCUUUAAUGUCAAAAUUCAUCAUAUAUUUGGGUCAUUCAUCUCAGUUCAUCACAUUUUCAAAACAAUUUUUGCUCAACCUCAA